GAGAGAGAGAGGAAGUUGCGGAUGUCACGUGUCAGCUGUUUCAGUAAUCCAAAUAUAAACAAACCAAAGCUGUUGCACGUAAACAAGUGUUGUUAAUGUGAUGCAUAGUGUCGGCAUACAAGCUGAUCUGGAAGAAAUUCGAGGUCCUGGCCCUUAUUUAUUCAUCUGUGUUAUCAAGAAUGAAGAUGCAGGCACACAGUGUUAUCUGCCUUGCACAGUGGAUGCUGCAACCUCAAUGCAUGAUGUUGAAGAGGAAUCUUACAGUGCGAGAAUUUCAGAGUCAGAAUUCAGUGCAAAGGAGGCAGCACACCAGCGCCUGCCCAGGAAGAGAGGACGUCCCAGAAAGCAGGGGAAACUCACACCAGAUAGCAAUUUCAUGAAUGACAACACCAGUGGAGACUUAAUAGGGAAGCUUGGAGUUCUCUCUGCAGCACGAAGUAGAAGGGAAAGAAAAGUGCCUGUAAAGUUUGACCCAAGUGACAUCACUCUAACCAGAGUUACCAGUCGUCCUGUGAGUCACUCAAAUGCUGCCCUUGGGUCUGAUGAGAGAGCAGAGGAAGAUGAAACUAUCCCUCUGCCCACUGCAGACUGGAAGCUGGAGGACGCAGAAGAGGAAGAAAGAGGUAUGAGUGAUAACCAUGAAGAGAGAAGUUCAUCAGUGGACAUUAGUCAUCCACCUCAGCACAACACAGAGAGAAAGACUGUAAAUCAGGCUGCUGCAGGUGAUAGGUUGAUGGUUAUAGAUGAUGAUGAAAGUGAAGAAGAAACGAUGGGAUUUGCAGCCAGUGAAAUGGGCAGGAAGUCAAGAGGGGAUGGCUGCAGAGGGAGCAGAGGACGGCUCAAAAAAAGAAAGGGUCCAUAUAGAUGUGAUCACUGCAAACUGAAUUUUAAGUUGUAUUCCAUUUUUACCAAACACAUGCAGAGUCAUAAGUCCUCUUUAGGCAGCCAUUCCUUUCCAUGUAAAUUAUGUGGGAAACUGUUGUCAUCAAAUGUAAAUCUUAAACGCCAUAUGAUGAUUCACAGUGGGAAGCCUUUCACUUGCAAGGAGUGUGGGAAAAGUUAUACUGGACGUUAUCUUCUCAGAGAACACUUAAUUGUAGAACAUGGUAAAACAAUACCAGAAUCACAAACUACAUCAGAGUUUCAAUGUGAAGCUUGUAUGAGGUACAUGUCUAGCAAGAUGACAUUAGAAUACCACCAGGCAGUACCACAGUCUUGUCCACAUUGUGAGGCAACUUGGCCUUGCAAAAGGAGUUUACGUGAUCAUAUUCUGAAAAUACACGAUGAAGCAAAGGUCACAAAAGAAGGCUGUUUGAUGUGCGAACUGUGCAAUAAGACCUUUAUGUAUAGAAAUCGUUACCUGAACCACAUAGCACAACACAGUUCUGAAAAGAAAUUUGAGUGUCAAAAGUGUAAUAAGUCCUUUUCCACUUACCAUGCUCUUUAUUGCCAUAAUAAACAAGUUCAUGAAAAGCACAAUUAUCGUCAUCCAUGUUCAAUGUGUGAUAAGGUGUUUAUAUGUAAGGCAAAGCUGGUAGAGCACAUAAGAACUCACACCGGGGAAAAGCCAUUUGUGUGUAGUGAAUGUAAUGUUUCUUUUGCGGCCAAAGCAACCUUCAAGACACACAUGAAGUUGAUUCAUGGCAGCAAGUCCCCUAGUCAGAAAUUAGGCAAAAAGACUCCCGAAACAAACAUAGAAUACAUAUACAGCUGCCCACUUUGUCAUGUAAAUAUAAAAUCAGAUCAGCUGGAAACCCAUUUUUCAAGUGUCCACAUGGCUACCGUGCAGUUCUCUAACAGUUUGCCUCCUGAUCUUCCAGACCAAGUUAUUACAGGUGUAGACAAAACAAAGGGUAUUGUUCUUCUCCAAGAUGAACCACAUUCUCCUGCAGUGGAAGGGAGCAAAGAAAUUAUUCUCUCAGAAGGCAGCUCGGAAAUCAUUGUGCUGGAAGGAACAUCACAGAUUCCAGCAAAGGACGACUGCUCAGGGGUUGAGGUUACAAUUUAGGAGAAUGUAACUUAGAUGUUUUAUUUCAAUUGCAAUAUCUGUGAUAUUAUGAAAGGGAAAUAAAUUUUUAUAUUUGU